CCUGAAGCUGCGUACCAUUGGGCUAUGGUAACAAUUCGAGAUGCUUGGAGAAGACAUAGAAGUGAUUUGAAGCUUAAUUAUUACGAUCCAUAUGAAAAUGAUGCAGUUCGAAUGGCAAAAAAGCCUGGUCAUAUUCCAGAAUGUCAAUUUAGAGAGCUACUCAAAUAUUGGAAUUUUGAAAAAUUCAAGAAAAUGUCUGAAACAAAUGCAAACAAUCGAAAAAAACUGAUGAAUCCACACACUGCUGGCAAAAAGAGUUUCGCUUUAGUUCGUAAUAAGCUGGAGAAAGAUAAGGAGACAGUAUCAUCUAAGGAUAUCUUUGUGGUUACAAGAACAAGAAAACCUGGGCGAUCGUACAAGGCCUCAAAUGAAGAUACUACUAGUAAAAUUGUAUGUGCCUGUCUAUUUUAA